AUGGAAGAUGAUAUACAUGUAGAAUAUAUGGUCUCAACUGAUUUAGAAGAAAAUGCUGAUUUAGAUGGUGAUAUCAAUCAAAUUCCAACUUCUUCAUCAUCCUAUAAUUCUUGGCCAACAGACACAGAUAGUUCAAGCUUGCCACAUGAUCCAACAUUUUUAGGUAUGUAUAACACCAUUCAUAUCGACGAAAAGUGGUUCUAUAUGACAAAGAAAUCAGAGAACUACUACUUACUGCAAGAUGAAGAAGUUCCGUUACGUACAUAUAAAAGCAAGAACUUCAUUGAAAAAGUCAUGUUCUUAGCUGCUAUAGCUCGUCCAAGGUUUGAUGCGCAUGGAAAAGAAGUUUUUUCUGGAAAGAUUGGUAUAUUUCCCUUUGUCACACAAGAGCCGGCUAAAAGGAAUAGUAUAAAUAGAGUUGCCGGAACUUUAGAAACUAAACCGAUUACUUCAGUUAAUAAACAUGUGAUAAGGACAUUCCUGAUUGAGAAAAUCUUACCUGUCAUCAAGGAAAAAUGGCCAAUAGAAGAAAAGGGAUCUCCAAUAUUUAUUCAACAAGACAAUGCAAGAACACACAUUGAUUGUCAUGAUGAAGAAUUUUGUCGAGUAGCGUCACAAGAUGGAUUUGACAUUAGAAUAAUGUGUCAACCAGCAAACUCCCCAGAUUUAAAUAUUUUAGAUCUCGGAUAUUUCAAUGCUAUCCAAUCCUUACAAUAUAAAGAGUCGCUGAAUUCUAUUGAUGAACUAGUGAAAGUCGUUGAAAAAUCUUUUGAAACAUUUUCCACAGUGAAAUCAAAUCAUAUUUUUUUAACUUUGCAGUCAUGUAUGAUCGAAAUCAUGAAGAUUAGAGGCUCCCAAAAAUAUAAAAUCCCACAUUUUAAAAAAGAAAUGUUGGAGCAUCAAGGGCAACUACCUAAACAAUUGAAGUGUGAUCCUACAUUAGUGCAAGAUGUUCUUAGAUAUUUAAAUUAA